AUCAUUUUCUCUCAAACAAAUAUUACUCCACAUUAAAUUGAUCUGAAAAGGAAGAAGCGAAAGAGCUCAUAAUGGAGGCAGCAAUGGGAUUGAUGCGAAGAAUUCCGCCCAAGCAUUCGGAAGCGGCGCUAACGGCAUUGUUGAGCCUUUUACCGCAUCAUUCCUCCGAUCUCCUCUCUCAAGUUGACCAGCCUCUUCAGGUUUUAUGUGAUGUUGAUAGUGGGAAGGAGUUCAUAUUAUGCGAAUAUAACCGAGAUGCAGAUUCUUAUAGGUCACCUUGGUCAAAUAAAUACCAUCCCCCACUAGACGACGGGGUUUAUCCAUCUCAGGAGCUGAGGAAACUUGAAGUGGAAGCAAAUGAUGUCUUCAUGGUUUAUUGUGACCAGUACUAUGAAGGUGGUACUUCAUCAGUGUAUAUCUGGGAGCACGAAUACGAAGGUUUCGUUGCUUGCUUCUUAAUAAAAAAAGAUGGCUCGAGGACUGCAGAUGGCAGAAGAGGUUAUUUAGAAGAAGGAUCUUGGGAAGCAAUACAUGUCAUUGAGGUGGUUCCUCUAGAGGAGGCAACUGCUCGUUAUUGUUUGACUAGCUCUGUGAUGCUCUCGUUGACCACAAACGAUGAGUCCUCAGGCAGCUUCAACUUGUCAGGAUCGAUCAGAAGACAGAUGAAUAUGGAUCUUCCGGUUGCAGAGGGUCAUCUCUGUAAUAUGGGAAAGAUGAUCGAAGAAAUGGAGAGCAAGCUGAGGUACUCGCUGGAUCAGGUCUAUUUUGGGAAGACGAAGGAGAUGGUCUGCACACUGCGACCGCCAUCUGAACCUGUUCAAACGAGGCUUCUCGAACAUAUCACCAAGAGACAUCCUUGAAAUCAAUGUUUUCUGGCACAUGAGACAUCAAAAAUCAGUUUUAUGAAUCAGUUGUGGAAUCCUUUUCAA